AUGGUGAAAGAAGGUAUUGUUCUUUGGCACAAGGUGGAGCAAAAGGGGCUGGAAGUUGAUAAGGCGAAAAUUGAGGUCAUUGAGAAAUUACCCCCGCCAAUUUCAGUGAAGGGUGUUCGCAGGUUCUUGGGGCAUGCAGGGUUCUACCGAAGGUUCAUUAAAGACUUCUCAAAGAUUGCACACUCGUUAUGCAAACUCUUAGAGAAGGAAGUGAAAUUCUGUUUUAAUGAUAUUUGUAUGGCUGCAUUUCAGUGUUUGAAAGAGAAACUAGUAUCAACCCCAAUUAUCAUUAGCCCUAAUUGGUCCAAAUCUUUUGAAUUGAUGUGUGAUGCUAGCGGUAUAACAUUGGGGGUCGUGUUGGGGAAAAAUCGCAACAAACUAUCUCACCCAAUUUAUUACGCAAGCAAGACUCUAAAUAAUGCCCAGCAAAAUUGUACGAUUACUGAACAAGAGUUGCUUGUUGUAGUCUAUGCAUUUGAAAAGUUUUGGGCAUACUUGCUAGGCACCAAAGAAAUCGUACAUACUGAUCAUGCUGCACUCCGUUACUUGAUGGCAAAGAAAGAUGCAAAACCAAGAUUGAUAAUGUGGGUGCUACUGUUACAAGAAUUUGAUUUUGAGGUAAAAGAUCGAAAAGGAUAUGAAAAUCAAGUGGCUGAUCACUUAUCAAGGUUGGAAAUAAGGGCAAAUGCUGAGCAUGAGAUUUUGCAAAUUACAUACACUAAAGUUCUCCAGAGUGGAUAUUAUUGGUUGUCCCUCUACAAGGAUGCACAUGAGUUUGCGAAGAAAUGCUCUCAAUGUCAGCAGCAAGCCAUUGCACUUCCAAACAACGAAGGAAAAAACAUUGUCCAAUUUCUGAAACGCUACAUCUUCGCAAGAUUUGGCACUUCGAGGGCAAUCAUUAGCGAUGGGGGUUCCCACUUUUGCAAUAGGUGGCUUUCAAUGGCACUGAGCAAAUAUGGGGUGAAACACAAAGUAGCAACCCCAUAUCAUCCCAAAACAAGUGGCCAAGUCGAAGUGUCAAAUAGGGAAAUCAAAAUCAUCUUGGCAAAGACAUUAAAUGUCAACAGAGCUGACUGUUCCAGGAAACUCGAUGAUGCACUAUGGGCAUAUUGGACUGCUUACAAAACACCUAUCGGUAUGUCUCCAUAUCAGUUGGUUUAUGGUAAGGCUUGUCAUUUCCCCGUCGAGUUAGAACACAAAGAAUUGUGGGGAUUGAAAGCUUUAAAUUUGGAUUGGUCAAAAACUUCAAGGGAGAGGAUAGAGCAGUUGAACGAACCGGAUGAAUUUAGACUCAGAUCGUAUGUAAGUUCAGCCAUCCACAAAGAGAAGAUGAAGAAGUGGCAUGACGCUCGGAUACUCAAGCGGGACUUCAAGGUAGGAGAUUGGGUUUUGUUAUACAACUCUCGACAUAAACUCUUUCUACGAAAGUUCAAAUCCAAAUGGUCUGGACCUUUUAGAGUAACGCGAGUGUUCACCAAUGGUGCCAUAGAAGUUGAAGAUCAGGAAGGACCUCCAUUUAAAGUGAACGGUCAACGUCUGAAAUUAUAUUUUGGGAAUUGUCAAGAGAUUUCUUUGGUUAAAGUGGGGUAA